UGCGAUAUAAAUGAAGGAAAGGGGGAAAACAAGGGAAAACCAGAAGGUGAAAUAGAGCCUGAAGAUGAAGAAAAGUCAGACAAGGAAGAAGAGCCUGAUGCAGAGGGAAAGCCAGAGGAGGAAGGAGAGCCAGACGACCAGGGUCAACCAGGAGAGGAGGGAAGGCCAGGGAGGCAGGGCCAGUCUGAGGAGGGGCGCAAGGCCCAUGGUGAGGGCAAGCCCGACUCCCAGGCCAGGCCUGAGAGCGAGCCACGGGCUGCCGAAAAGCGCCCAGCUGAAGAUUAUGUUCCCCGGAAAGCCAAAAGGAAGACUGACAGGGGGACGGAUGAUUCCCCCAAGGACUCAGAGGAGGACUUACAGGAGAGGCAUUUGAGCAGUGAGGAGGUGAUGAGAGAAUGCGGAGAUGUGUCCAGGGCUCAGGAAGAGCUGAGGAAAAAACAGAAAAUGGGUGGUUUCCAUUGGAUGCAAAGAGAUGUGCAGGACCCAUUCACCCCCAGGGGGCAGCGGGGUGUCAGGGGAGUGAGGGGUGGAGGUAGAGGCCAAAGGGGCUUACACGAUAUCCCAUACCUCUAAGGCCUUUGGCUUUUGACUCUGACUUCUCUGAUGGGAAUAUUGCCAGCCCUGCUUUCCCUGGUAGAUACUGGCCAGGUCCUGUGCUUUAACCUUAAGCUGAAAUGUUGCUUUAGGUGUCACUCUCGUUACCAGCAGCCUUUUGAUCCAACCGCAGCGCUCUGUCUUUUAGUAGGGGAUUUUCACCCAUGUGCAUGGAAGAGAUGUACAUUGUAAAAUAAUAAAAGUUGGCAGAACUGCACAUACAGUAUCAG